AGAAAUUUCUCAGCCUCGUAGCGUUUUGUUUUUAUCUCCAUUUUAGAGCGCGCUGUCGCAUUACAACAUGACUGGGGCCGUGACAGAGCACAGCAGCGCGCGCUCACGUCUCAUAUUCAUAUCAGCCAGUGGCUAGCUGUGCCUAACAAACCCUUCUGAUGGGCGACACAGAUAAACAGAGUCAGGAAGAGAUGGAGGGUGACGGCUGUGUGACAACAGGCUCCAGCGUCACUGCACCCAACGCCAGCUCUACACCCAGAUCCAGCACUCCCACAGGCACCCAGCCCAACGCCAUUCCUCUGGGAAACAUCACUUCAGACAGACAGGCAGUCCAGGUAAUCCAGCAGACGUUACACAGACCACAGAGCAUGACAGCUCAGUACCUGCAACAGAUGUAUGCUGCCCAACAACAACAUAUCCUGCUGCAAACAGCUGCACUACAACAGCAGCAUCAACAAAACCUCACGGCUACACAAAUCCUGAGCGCUACAGAGCAGGCCACACAAACUAAUGGCAGGCAGCCCACCUCCUCCCCUCCAUCAUCCAAUGGGAAUGUAACACAGCUGGCUAGUGUAUCUCAAACAUCAAUCACCAUGCCAACCUCUCCUGUAACUCAGCCAAUAGGUCGCAUCCAGGUCACUAGCUCCAAUAGCACAGCGGGAGCCAUAUCCCAGCAGGCCAUGCUUCUAGGAAACAGCUCUCCCACAGGUAGCCAGGCCCAAAUGUAUCUGCGCACUCAGAUGCUGAUUCUUACUCCUGCUGCCACCGUAGCUGCUGUUCAACCUGAUCUGACUGUCGUGAGUUCAGUGUCCUCUCAAUCAGCAUCGUCACAGGUUCAGAGUUUGGCUCUCCGCACACAUCCUCCUGGAGCUCUUGCUACUCCCCAGAACGUCCAGAUCAAGCCUUCUCUUCAAGGUCAGACACUAGUGUGCCCCCUGCCCAAGAUGUCCAUUUGCCCACUGAAGUCCACACAGCUGUCUCAGAACCUGGCAGAAACUUCUAGAAGUGAGUCACUGUUGACCGAUGUUACUCAGCCACCAUCAGCCCAACCACUCAUUCCUCCUUCAACCUUCACACCAGUUCAGUCUCAUACCUUGGUCAGGCACCAACUACAUUGCCCUUCUGGCCAGAGGGUGGCGCCACACCAGCUCUUCAUCCAGCAGAGCUCCACUGCUCACAGACAGGUCCAGCCCAUUGCGUUGCGUGUCACGCCGCAGGACAACUCUCCUCCACCCCUCGCCCUGCAGACCCGUACCACUCCCACUACAGCCACCGUCCAAUCACAGCACACUGAGUUUCUCUCAGUGCCCUCCUCUUUAAAUCAGCCAGCCAAUCAAUCAGCAGUGGUGUCUACGUCCACAACUCCCCCUGCAGUGCUCCCUGACCCUCCACCACUUCAUCUGGGCCCAGCGCUAGAGCCAGUGUCCCAGUAUUCACCUCUGUCCAGCCCCCCUCCUCUCACCAUGGCUCUGCCCAGGCUGGUCCAGCCACAGAGACUGUCUCUCCGCUCAGUCCAGACUGUAGCUGUCCAAUCUGACCACAUGCUGGUGUCUGAGGAGGAGCUCCCAGUCGCUGAAGCAGUAUUUCAGUUGCCUUUUCAGAAUCUGCCGCCACCACAGACGGUGGCAGUGGACCUAAAGGUGCAACCCGCCACACAAACAGAAGCUCCCUCGGCAACACUGCUGUUGAAGGAGAGUGGAAGCAUGGAUUUGGUGAAGGAUGUAGAACGUGCGUGUCCUCAGAACAGAACGCCCACACCGCCGCCACUGUCCCCACCAGACGAGCCCCAGGGAAGCUCUGAUGAUGUAACAGCACAACCAGAAAACUGUACAGCUGAUCUGGACCAACCGAGCGAACCAUCCAGCAGAUCUGUGAUCCAGUCACCGGAGGACCCCACAUAUGCCAACAGUCCCCCCCCUCCCCUCCUCACCUCUGCGGUAAGAAGCACCAGCAGGUUUCCCCCAGCCAGCCUCCCAGGGAACCCUGAGGGUCGGCCCUCACAGGCCAUCGUUAGACCUCACAUCCUCACACACCUCAUUGAGGGCUUCGUCAUCCGAGAGGGCCUGGAGCCGUUCCCGGUGAGACGUACUUCCUUAGAGAUGAACCUGCAGGCCACACUACCAGAAGAUAGAGAGAACGGAGAAUCAGCCCAGGAUGACUGCCUGAUGGAAGCGGACCAUCUGGAGAACUCCACCGAUUCCGACCUUGAUAACCCACCCGCUGAGGAUGAAAAGACAGUUGAAAACCUGCCUGAUGUACUCGAAUGUGAGUUCUGUGGGAAGAGAGGCUUCGCUCGUACCUUCCUCAGGUCCAAACGCUUCUGCUCCAUGACAUGCGUCAGAAGAUUCAAUAUAAGCUGUAAAAAGCGUCUAAACCUGUUCAGGUCAGAAAAAGUUGGCCGCUGGCCCCACAGGCCCAUGGGCAAGCGGGGGAGACCACCUAGUCGCAUAAACGGUGGGUCCAGGGAACACUUCCUCCGGAAGCAGCUGCAAGACUCCCAUCGUACCAACAACGACCAGAGGGCCUCCAAUUCAAUUUGGAUAGAGAGAGAAGAGGAAGAUCCACCAGGACCGAUGACGACAAGACUGCGUUUGCAGACUGAAAGAGAGAAGGAGCAAGACAGAGAAAGAGAACAGAGCAGAGUGGAGAGCAGCAGCGGCUCCGAAUGUCUUCCUGACUCAAGUCCCUCACAGUGGAGUGUAGAGCAAGUGUGCUCCUUCAUCAGCUCUUUACCAGGGUGCCAUGAUAUUGCUGCAGAGUUCCGGUCACAGGAGAUUGAUGGACAGGCCUUGUUGCUGCUUACGGAGGACCAUCUCAUGAAUGCUAUGAACAUUAAAUUGGGCCCUGCGCUCAAAAUUUGUGCGCAGAUCAAUGCUCUCAAAGAACAUUAGACAUCUUUCCACUCUCAGUGUGUGGGUCACACAGUAUUCGAGAGUCAGAUUCCUCUAAAGUGCCAUGAUUUCAGCGUGUGGCCAUUCUACAAAUACUGUAGACACUCGUGGGGACCUUCUGCAUAUACCUCAAAGUUUCACGGUGGACUUAUCUUGGAUUUCAUUCCAUUCAGUGAUAAGUUUUAUAAUAUCUACAACUAAAUUCUGAUCUUGUAUAUUACAUUUAUAGUAAACAGACCAACUGGAAAGGCAGAUUAUGAAGAAUGUGAGAUGAUGUAGCUGAGCAGCCACAAUUUGUGGAAGUUGGCACACAAUGUACGAAGUAUUUAAAAAAAAAAACAAUUUACACAACACUUAA